AUGGAAGAUGGCAACUUAGCCGGUGAACAAAUAUUUGACCAUACUGCUUUGGUACGAAAUCAGAUUAACAAAUUUCUGGAUAAUUUCGAGCGCAAUGAACGACACAAAGAGUUUGAUGGUAUUAUUCGAGCUAGUCAUUCGUUAGUAGAAGCCGCAGAUGUCCCAUUGAAAAUGAUAGUAGCAAGGGACAAUUUGCGACAGCUUAAUGAACAAAUCAAGAAAACAACGUCUGCAUUGUCGGAACUCACAGUUUCUCUUUAUCGGAAGGAACACGAAGAUUAUUUAGAAGCAAUACGCAAAAGUCAGCAUGGGCAAAAAUCGAUAGUCGAAUCAGCGAUUGAGCGACAACGACAAACAUUGAAAGAGAAUGACAAUAAUGCAGAUUACAUCCUCGUUUCCCCCAAUAUUUCCAAUACUACUGAAAUUAAUUUGGACUGA